AUGGAUAUCCAAAUCCAUGCAUCUGCUGCUCCAUUUUCCAUCAAAAAUAUGAGCAUUCAGGAUACUCGUCGCUCUGUCAAAUAUUAUCCUAGCAUUUGGGGAGAUCAUUUCCUUGCGUAUUCUUCUAAUGAUAUAUUGGCCCACGAAGAGCAAGAACAUCAAAGAUUAAAAGAAGAAGUGAAAAAGUUGCUAGUGGCUGCCCCAGAUGAUUCAUUGUAUAAACUAGACCUCAUCGAUGCAAUCCAACGUCUUGGAGUUGAUGUGUUCAACAAAUUCAAGGACAGCCAAGGAAAAUUUGAGGAUUCUUUGAUUAGCGAUGUACCAGGGCUGUUAAGCUUGUACGAGGCUGCACACUUUGGAGUACACGGGGAGGAAAUUCUAGAAGAAGCAUUGAAGUUUUCUGCCACUCAGCUCGGAUCCUCGAUCCACCAGGCGAGCAAUUCUCUCUCCAGACAAGUUAGUGACGCCUUGGAGAUGCCAAUUCAUAAAACUUUGACAAGGCUCGGAGUUAAGAAAUUCUUAUCCAUUUACCAAAUAUCAGGUGAAGACAUGCUCCAGAAUUUCGCAAAAUUAGACUUCAACAUAGUGCAGAAGAUCCACCAGAAGGAGUUAAGCGACAUUACAAGGUGGUGGAAGGCUUUAGAGUUUGGGAAAAAAUUGCCAUUUGCAAGAGAUAGGCUGGUGGAAUGCUACUUUUGGAUAUUAUCUGUCUACUUUGAGCCAAAAUACUCUCUUGCAAGGAAAAUUCUAACCAAAGUAAUUGCCAUGGGUUCUAUUAUUGAUGACAUCUAUGAUGUUUAUGGGACCAUAGACGAACUUAAACUUUUCACAGAUGCAAUUGCAAGGUGGGAUAUUAGUGCCAUAGAUCAGUUACCAUCGUACAUGAAAUAUUUUUAUGAAUCUCUUUUAGAUGUUUAUCUCGAAGCUGAGAGAGAGUUAGGAGAGAUAGGAAAAUCGUAUCGUGUUCAGUACGCGAUUGAUGAGAUGAAAAAACUAGUCCGUGCAUAUUUCGAAGAGGCAAAAUGGACAUACAAUGGAUAUGCUCCAACACUAGAGGAGUAUAUGAAAGUCGCACUAGUAUCUUGUGGUUACAUGAUGCUCUCUACAACAUCUUCGGUAGGCAUGGGAGAACCGGUAAAUAAGGAAGCCUUUGAUUGGAUUUCAGGUGAACCAUUAUCAGUUCGUGCUUCAUCAAUAAUUUGUAGACUAAUGGACGAUAUGGUUGGACAUGGGUUUGAGCAAAAAAUAACGGCAGUUGAUUGUUAUAUGAAAGAGAAAGGGGCUUCAAAAGAAGAAGCAUUUGUUGUAUUUCAAACACAAGUCAUGAAUGCGUGGAAGGAUAUAAACCAAGAAUGCCUUCAUUCAACUGCAGUAUCAAUGGCUGUUCUAAUACGAGUAGUCAAUCUUACACGUGUCAUCAAUCUUCUAUACAAAGACAGUGAUGGAUACUCAAAUUCUAAAACAAAGUUAAAAGAUUUCAUAACUUCGAUACUCAUACAACCAGUGACAAUAUCCAAAUGA